AUGAACAUUUUCCUUUACAGUCUUAUGUUACUUACCCUCAUUCGGGAAACCUACUCUUCAUGUAACUCUAUGUUAGAGCCUGACUUUUACAAGAUAGACUCUUCGGAGCAUAGAGAAGAUGUCCAAAAAGCAUUAGUGUUUGCAGAAUACAUUAAAGCACAAAGAACAGCAGCGGCCAAGGUAGACCAGAUGUGCAAAGGGGUUGAGAAAGGACAAAGUUUCUCAUCAGAUUUUAAUGUGGAAAGUGGGGAACUUGCUCCGAUGUUUUUCCCUGGACCCUUUGCAAUUGCUCAUCACCUAAUCACUUCUUGGGUAAAUCAAGGUUCAACAUUUGAUGCAGUGCAACUGAAACAAGAACCAAGUAGUUCUCUGUCAAAUUUGUAA